AGCAGCACAGGGGCUGAAUGUUUUCAUUACCAUCAUCGUAAUCACCAUUAUUAUAAUUUUCACCAUUUCAAUUCCUUUUCUCCUUCCUCUUUUCCUCCUUUUCUUCACUGUUUUCUGCAUUAACUGGUUUUGUUUAGAAAAGUGGUCUCGCUGGCUGGAAGGUCUAAUGGAGGGGGGUAGAUAUUUUUUCAUGGCGUUUUUGGCAGGAAUGCGGCAGCUUUAGCGAGGGACCCAAAUUUCUGUGGCUGUGUCCCAGAGGUCUGUCUGUCCCUCUCCAACAUAUAUUUAGCCAUAUCCUAUUUAUACAUCCAUAAUCUCCCAGCCACGUUGGGGGACCUGGGGGGGAGCUUAGAGACAGCGUGGCCACAGUGAUGGAUUUGAACCCAGGAAUGAUGAAUUAUGAUUUUGAUUUCUUUUUCUCCCUUCAAGGCAAAGCCCCACGUUCUCACGGGUCGGAAAAACGCCCCACGUGCAGCACCCGGUCUCAGCUAGAGCUGGAGAUGGACGCGGAUAAGGGGAAACAACGCCAGUACUCGCAGAGGAUGGCGGAGCCUCGCUUCAACAACCCCUAUUUCUGGCCUCCCCCCCCUGCCAUGCCCAGCCAGCUGGACAACCUGGUCCUGAUCAACAAAAUCAAGGAGCAGUUGAUGGCGGAGAAGAUCCGCCCCCCGCACCUGCCUCCCACCUCAGUGGCCUCGCAGCAGCCCCUUCUGGUGCCCCCCUCACCUGCUGAGAGCAGCCAGUCCAUCAUGUCCCUGCCAAAGCUGCAGCAGGUGCCGGGACUGCACCCCCAGGCGGUGCCCCAGCCUGAUGUGGCCCUGCACGCCCGGCCGGCCACCAGCACUGUCACAGGGCUGGGGCUGGCAUCCCGUGCACCGGCCAUCAGCACCUCAGAAUCCAGCCCAGGAACGGGGACCACCACCCCUUCUACCCCCACCUCCACCAGUCAGAGCCGCCUCAUUGCCUCCUCACCCACCCUAAUCUCAGGAAUUACCAGCCCCCCGCUUCUCGACUCCAUCAAGACAAUCCAGGGCCACGGCUUGCUGGGAGCACCCAAGGCUGAGCGGGGCCGCAAAAAGAUCAAGGCAGAAAACCCUUCGGGACCACCAGUGCUGGUGGUGCCCUACCCCAUUCUAGCAUCAGGGGAGACGGCCAAAGAGGGGAAGACAUACAGGUGUAAGGUCUGCCCCUUGACGUUCUUCACCAAGUCGGAGAUGCAGAUCCACUCCAAGUCGCACACAGAGGCCAAGCCCCACAAGUGCCCCCACUGCUCCAAGUCCUUCGCCAAUGCCUCCUACCUGGCCCAGCACCUGCGUAUCCACCUGGGUGUCAAACCCUACCACUGCUCCUACUGUGAGAAGUCCUUCCGGCAGCUCUCCCACCUCCAGCAGCACACCCGAAUCCACACUGGUGACAGACCCUACAAAUGCCCGCACCCCGGCUGCGAGAAGGCCUUCACCCAGCUCUCCAACCUCCAGUCCCACCAGCGCCAGCACAACAAGGAUAAGCCCUACAAGUGCCCCAACUGCUACCGGGCGUACACGGACUCAGCCUCGCUGCAGAUCCACCUGUCUGCACAUGCCAUCAAGCAUGCCAAGGCCUAUUGCUGCAGCAUGUGUGGCCGUGCCUACACCUCGGAGACCUAUCUGAUGAAGCACAUGUCCAAACACACGGUGGUUGAGCACCUGGUCAGCCAGCACUCGCCGCAGCGGACGGAGUCACCCGGCAUUCCUGUACGGAUCUCCCUCAUCUAAGCGGGAAGGGGACAGGACCCCCCCCCCAGCAUGAGGAGGAGGAAGAGGAGAAGGAGGAAGAGGAGGAGAAGGAGUAGGAGGACAUGACCCCCAGCACCGCGGGCCGUGCCCGGGCCAUGCUCCUGCCCGGCUCCCGCAGGUUUGGUACAUCCAAAGACGGUUUCAGAGCACUUUGAAUCUCUGCGGUUUGGUUUCUUUGGGGGUGGCAGUAGGGGUGGGGGUGUCCCCCCUGCCAGGCCCCACCUCCCAUUUUUGGAUACAAAUAUAUAUAUAUAUAUAUUUAUUGGCCAAGAAUUUGGUGCUGCUAAAGACCAGAAAUUCACCCCAAAAACGAACCGUGGAUGGAGCAAAAAGCAGCUGGGGGAGGGGGGAAGUCCCACCACCCUGCCCACAGACUCUGGGCCCAAGCGCCUCCAUUUGGGGUUGAUUUUUAACCGUUUUGGGGGUUUUUUGUGUUCUUUUUUGGGUCCCUUUUAAGGGCGAAGCUGCGGGCAGAGCUGCAUCCCCCCGGGGACAGCCCCCCCAUUCCACAACUCCAGUUUUGGGAGGUUUGGGGGUCCCCCUGCUUUGCCUUGUGCCUGCCUGUACAUAGCCCCUGUAUAGAGCUGGGGGGGCACUCCCCCCAAACUCAUCUAUAUUCUGUACUUUUUGGUUCAUUUUGGAUAUUAACUGUGUUAUUUUUUAUACACUUUUUAAGCCUUAACUCAGCAUUUCUUUGGGGGUUUUUGUUGAUUUUUUUCAGGGUGUUUUAUUUACCUUUUAUUAAUUUUUAACCCCCCCCGUUAUUUUUUACCCCCCUAUUAUUUUUGCUCUCCACCCCUUUGUUUUUUACCCUGCUGUUAUUUCUCCCCUUGAUGUUGUAUGAUAUCAAUAUUGUAACCUUUUUUGUCAGCAUGUUAAUACUCUGUAAAUACGCCUCUUAUACACUUAGGCCCCCCCCCCCCCUUUUUUUUCUCCCCUUCCCCCAAAUUUUGGGGCUUUUUUAUUUUCCUCGCUGUCCAGCCAGGCCAGGCCUCCCUAGAGCUAGUUGGUACCUUAUUAAAAAAGGGUAAAAAAGAAAAAAAAGAAAAAAGA